AAAUCGUGUACCGCGCCGUGUCGAAACGGACAUCGCGAUUAUGUACACUGAUAGUGAUCAAGCUACGAUCAAUCGUGCGUCCUGUUUUUUGAACAUGAACGACACACAGAAUCAGAACAAUUUCGAUUUUGUACCAAAGUCUGAUUACAACGAGAAAUGGCACCUGGGAAAUAAAUGUCUUUUUCAUAAUCAACAAUUCCUCGAGGGGGACAAGUGUGAAACGAACAAACUAGCGUGUCCAGUAUCGUGCGAUCUUUGUUUGCACUUCAAAGAGAAAUUCAAGUCGAAGAGAAGCGGAGGCACUUUGAAUCAGAAAUCAGGCGAUUGGAAAUCUGAUGAAAAUGUUGUCAAGAAUUCCUUGGAAUGUAUCGUACAGAAACCUUCGAUUACCGAAUGGAGAUGGAAAAAUCCUUAUAGCGUUUCUGAUUUUGAUCGAUCGAAACGUUGGUCUCGACGUAAUUUUACUUCAGGAGAUGACUUUACAACGAAUUUGUUACGCGAUUUAUGUAAUAAAGAAGAUCGUUACAAAAAUCCUGUGAAUGAUGAUACUAAGAAGAAUUUCUUGUACAAUUUCCACGAAUAUUUGGUCAAUUACCAAGAAUCGUGUGGCGUUCCACGAACAGAAUAUUCUUUUUCGACUCUUAUUAACACGAUGGGUCGAGCAACAGGUCAAUCUCUUCUUGCGUUGUUGUAUGUCAUGCUGAACGUUAUACCUGUUAUUGAGGUAUUCCUACACUUAUUGCGAUUCGUUCUGGACAAAGUGAUUAGCAUAAGCAACAGCAAGGACUUCCGGCAAACGAUCACUCGAUGUUUAGUAUUCACGACAGAAUUAUUUAGUGUCUAUAUAUGUCUAAUAUUUAUAUUCGGUUUUAUUGUCUUACCAAUUGUACACAUGAUAAUUGAUAUAAUAGCAAAGAUCAUGCUCUAUAAU